AGGUGGUAUGUGAAGCAUUGUUUCCAAUCUGUGGCCCCUUUCAAAUGCAUCAGGGCCCUCAGGGGGCCAUGCGGCCCCCACUAAUAAUGGCUGCUCUGGAUGAACCAAGCUUUUUCCAAGCCUACUACAAGUGCUAUCAAAUCCAUGGAUGGAUAUCCCUUUUCCACAGGCCUUGUGGCACAGAUGUUAAACUGCAGUACUGCAGCCCAAACUGCUCAAGAUCUGCAUUCAGUCACAGUGGAUUCAGAAUUGAAACUUUCAAGCAUGAAGAAGACAUUUGUGGUGGAACCUGUCAUCUCCGCAUAUAUGUUUGCUAGUUCUUUGACCUCACCCUUGGUGCAGCAAUAUGUAUACAGAAGGUACUGGGAAGAGAUGGUCAACUCUACCUUUGUAGAUGAUGACAAUGUUUCGUAUUGUGAAUGGAACCAAAGUGAUCCAACUUUCUUGAAGCAAAAGAGAGUCCAAGAAAAUGCUUCGUUAUUUGCCAUGAAAGUAGACCUCAGUGGAGCAAUUCCUAGCAUUUUGAUGGCUUUUGUCCUUGUAGCAAAUGGGGAACGCUGUGGACGCAAAAUAUCCUUGGUUCUUCCUCUGGUGGGCAGUCUGGUAUGCAGCAUCUUCUACAGCCUCAUGUCCUUUUACUCUCUGCCCCUGGUUUUGUUGCUUCCUUUGGCCUUAAUCAGUGGCAUCUUUGGAGGUAUGGCAACCUUCUUCGGAGGUGCCUUUUCUUUUGUUGUUGACCUCUGUGAGACUCAGAAACAGAAGACCAUCCGAAUUGCUGUGGUCGACUUGAUCUUGGGCCUCAUGUCCGGAUUGGGAGGACUGGCCUCGGGCUUCAUUUUGAAAGGAAUAGGUUUUGAGUGGACAUUUAUAGCCGUUUCACUGCUUCACAUAGUCAACAUUUCCUAUACUACCUGUUGGUUGGAUGAGACAGUGAGGGUGUCGGAGUUCCGGCCACGAUCUCUAAGGGACGGCUUUAAAGAAACCUUUUCUGGAGUAUACGUACUCUUCAAAUCCUCCUCCUGUGAGAAGCGAAUUUCCAUCGUAUUGUUGCUGUGCACAUUCAUGGCCUAUCUGUUCCUAGUGUUUGGAGGGUUCUCUCUUUACACGCUCUAUGAGCUGAAUGCUCCUCUUUGCUGGGAUGCGAUUUAUAUUGGAUAUGGUUCAGCAGUAAGCACUUCAACCUCUCUGACCGGUUUUCUUGGAGUAGUUUUACUUUCUCGCUGCUUGAGAGAUAUUUACCUUGUAUUCAUCGGGAUCUUCUCUUUCAUCGGAGGAAUGGUUAUGACUGCCUUUGCCACCACUACGUUGCUGAUGUUCUUAGCACGAGUGCCAUCAAUGCUAGUUUUUGUACCCAUUCCAGUUCUUCGGUCCAUGUUGUCCAAAGUUGUUCUUCCUCAUGAGCAAGGUGCUAUAUUUGCUUGCAUUGCCUGUUUAGAGGUCGUGACCGGGACUAUUGCAAUUGCUGUUUUUAACAGUUUGUAUGCAGCCACUGUUGCUUGGUUUCCAGGCUUCACCUUCCUCUUUUCAGCUGGUUUCUGUAUAGUUCCACUGGGCUUGCUGAGCUGGCUUAUGUUUACCACUUGGCAUGAGGAGAAUUUUGUGCAAUUUGUAAAUGAAGAGGACGCUUCUGAAGAGCAGGCUGACAGCUGAACUGCUUUUCUGCAAUAUCGUAACCUCAUGAUUGCAGCACCAACGUUAAAAACAUGAUCUGAUCUCUUAAUUAUUAGCUCUCUACCAGAAUCAACUUCUUGGUAUCCAAAUUGGCUGUUGGCCUGGAUAGAUAUGAAGGACAAUGUACAAAGAAGUGGAAAGAAGAAUCGUAAGGCUGGCAUGGUUCUCCUACUAUCAUAGUGCAAUAGGAUGUUACCAGUGCUGAAUCAGUUAGGAGAUCAGCACUGGAACCAGUUCCCUGCUGCGUUACAGCAGCAGCUCAUAAAUAAGGGUGUUAAUGUGUUAAUAUUGCAUUGUAAGGUAUCUGAUGGCAUACGUACUGUUUGCGAAGCAGAGAGUGACUGAAGCAUAGAGAAAACAACAAAUUUAAAAGAAGUUUGAGAAAAGUGUUCUUCCUCUUUAAUACUAGAACAGUGGAGUUUUAUAAGACAUUAAUAUAAAUUCUUUGUUUUUAAGAAAAGGAAAAAAAUAUACCUUUUUUAUCAAAUAAGGUCUGAAACACUGUUUUCGAUUAGUUUGCAUAGGACUACCUUUAGAGAAGAAAGAUGGAUUGCCACAAUGAUUUUAAUACAAUAAUGUCCAUGUAAACAACCUUAGUACCCUUUACCCCUGAAAAUAAGACCUAACCUGAAAAUAAGCCCUAGUAUGCAAAUAGUUUCAUUUUUUUAAAUUACCCAGGGAGCAAAAUCCUGUUGAUGUAAAUUUAUGCCCGUGUAACCUGGAUUGGGUGUGCUGGAAAUAUUUAAACUCAUUUAAGGUUUCCUACCCACAAACCUCUGAUUCAAUUCAGGUUCCUGCUCUCUCUAGAGCUUUUAUCCUGGGGAAGCCUUUGGGAACUUCGGGAUUGUGGGGUGGGAGCUUUUAAUAGUUAAAAAAAUAUCCAGCUCUUGCCAGCAAUAUUUUACUUUUUGCCUACCCACCUCCACAUCCUAAGGCUCCCAAAGGCUUUCACCAGGCAAAAGGGGCCCUAGGAAUUCCCCAAACCCAAGAGGGAGGGGACCAUAAGAUAUAUUGGUUUAAAUAUUUCCAUUGCUUGAUCUGGGUUACACUGGCAUAAAUCUAUGCAACAGGAUUUUCCUCAGUAAGUAAAACAGUCUUUUUUUAAAAAAAACACAAACAAACCUUAAAUGUACUUUUGUAUUUUGUUUACAAAUGGAUAUACUAAAUUACUGAAUUUCAGUGAUUUUUUUUCAGACUAGAUUAAUCAGAGGGGAGGUUCUAAAUAGACAAAGAUGCAGCCAUGCAUUUCAAAACAAGCAUUUUGAAUCUUUGCAGCCUACACUGCUGAGAAUAUCCUAUGUCUUCCUUGUGGCUACAGUUUAACACAGGAUUAAAGUGAAUUUAAAUCAACUUGGACUGUAUAAUUGAAAUUUGUUCAUCAAGGAAAAAAAAAUAGAAAAAUU